AUGAGUUUCGAACAACUUAUAGUUAACGAGUUGUUGGCGUUUAUCCAAAACGCCAUCGACACCUUGGACGAGUUCAACAUCCUGCAAAUCUGUAAAUCAAACUUCAAAGAAGAUGAGGUUUGCAGUGGCAAGGUGCUGUUGUUCCGGUCUGUCGGUAAGGCCUACAAGAUGUCAUCAAGACAGAGAGAUGGUACUGAGGAGAGUGUGCAGGACAUCAUCACACUGCUGAAGGAAACCGAUCCGGACGAUGUGCCUACAUGCGUGGCGAAGGAGCUGGCCCCCGUCACUUUCGGCCACGUCGACGUCACCAAGCUGCUGAAGGAAAUCAACUUCCUGAAAGUGAGUCUGGCCGAUGUAGUGAGCAGUAUUGAGUCGGUGCCUGAGAGCGCGUCACCGACCGCCAUCACCUCGCGCGAUGCCCCGCGCCCCACCGCCGCCGCUGCGCGCCCCUCUACCUCGCCGGUGCCGUCACGCACAUGCACGUCCACACCGCAACGUGCUUACGCAGUUGCAGCCGCCAGCCUGCAUGCCGAUGUGUAUCCAAAAGAGAAGAGUAGCCAACUCUGUGACAAACGUGCUACUCCGACAGUGUCACAAAAUUAG